AUGUCGAGGCCCAAGGGAUUGUUAUGGGUCCCUUUGUUCUUCACCCCGGUCUGCGUCAUGCUCAACUCCAACGUCCUGCUGUGGAUCACCGCCCUGGCCAUCAAGUUCACGCUCAUCGACAGCCAAGCCCAGUACCCCCUCGUCAACACCAACUACGGCAAAAUCCGGGGGCUAAGAACACCGUUGCCCAAUGAGAUUUUGGGUCCCGUGGAGCAAUACUUGGGGGUCCCCUAUGCCUCGCCUCCCACGGGGGAGAGGAGGUUCCAGCCCCCGGAACCCCCUUCCUCCUGGACCGGUGUCCGGAAUGCCACCCAGUUCGCCGCCGUGUGCCCUCAACACCUGGACGAGAGGUCUCUCUUGCACGACAUGCUCCCRAUAUGGUUUACAGCCAAUCUGGAUACUUUGAUGACGUACGUCCAAGACCAAAACGAGGACUGCCUCUACUUGAACAUCUACGUGCCCACAGAAGACGGUAAUAUCAUUACUUGGAACGAUGAUGAUGUUGAUGGAGGUGAUGAUGAUGAUAUCCACGACCAGAGCAGCAAGAAGCCGGUCAUGGUCUACAUCCACGGCGGCUCCUACAUGGAGGGCACCGGSAACAUGAUCGACGGCAGCAUCCUGGCCAGCUACGGCAACGUCAUCGUCAUCACCAUCAACUACCGCCUGGGCGUCCUGGGCUUCCUGAGUACCGGGGACCAGGCGGCCAAGGGCAACUACGGGCUCCUGGACCAGAUCCAGGCCCUGCGGUGGAUCGAGGAGAACGUGGGGGCCUUCGGAGGGGACCCCAAGAGAGUGACCAUCUUCGGCUCAGGGGCCGGAGCUUCCUGCGUGAGCCUCCUCACCUUGUCUCACUACUCGGAAGGUCUGUUCCAAAAGGCCAUCAUCCAGAGCGGCACGGCGCUGUCCAGCUGGGCCGUCAACUACCAGCCGGCCAAGUACACGCGSCUCCUGGCCGACAAGGUGGGCUGCAACAUGCUGGACACGACGGACCUGGUGGAGUGCCUGCGCCACAAGAACCACAAGGAGCUCAUCCAGCAGGCCAUCACGCCGGCCACCUACCACAUCGCCUUCGGCCCGGUCAUCGACGGCGACGUGAUCCCGGACGACCCCCAGAUCCUCAUGGAGCAGGGCGAGUUCCUCAACUACGACAUCAUGCUGGGCGUCAACCAGGGCGAGGGGCUCAAGUUCGUGGACGGCAUCGUGGACAACGAGGACGGGGUCACCCCCAACGACUUCGACUUCUCCGUGUCCAACUUCGUCGACAACCUGUACGGCUACCCCGAGGGCAAGGACACGCUGCGCGAGACCAUCAAGUUCAUGUACACCGACUGGGCCGACAAGGAGAACCCCGAGACGCGCAGGAAGACCCUCGUGGCCCUCUUCACCGACCACCAGUGGGUGGCCCCCGCCGUGGCCACCGCCGACCUGCACGCGCAGUACGGCUCGCCCACCUACUUCUACGCCUUCUACCACCACUGCCAGAGCGAGAUGAAGCCCAGCUGGGCCGACUCGGCCCACGGCGACGAGGUCCCCUACGUCUUCGGGAUCCCCAUGAUCGGCCCCACGGAGCUCUUCAGCUGCAACUUCUCCAAGAACGACGUGAUGCUCAGCGCCGUGGUCAUGACCUACUGGACCAACUUCGCCAAAACCGGGGAUCCGAACCAGCCCGUCCCCCAGGACACCAAGUUCAUCCACACCAAGCCCAACCGCUUCGAGGAGGUGGCCUGGUCCAAGUACAACCCCAAGGACCAGCUGUACCUGCACAUCGGCCUCAAGCCCCGGGUGAGGGACCAUUACCGGGCCACCAAGGUGGCCUUCUGGCUGGAGCUGGUCCCCCACUUGCACAACCUGAACGAGAUCUUCCAGUACGUGUCCACCACCACCAAAGUCCCUCCCCCSGACAUGACCUCGUUCCCCUACGGCACCCGCCGGUCCCCUGCUAAGAUCUGGCCCACCACCAAGMGGCCGGCCAUCACCCCGGCCAGCGGCCCCAAGCACAGCAAGGACUCGCACAAGACGGGGCCCGAGGACACGACGGUCCUCAUCGAGACCAAGCGCGACUACUCCACCGAGCUGAGCGUGACCAUCGCGGUGGGCGCCUCGCUGCUCUUCCUCAACAUCCUAGCCUUCGCCGCCCUCUACUACAAGAAGGACAAGCGGCGGCACGAGACGCACCGGCGGCCCAGCCCGCAGCCGCGCAGCGCCACCAACGACAUCGCGCACAUCCAGAACGAGGAGAUCCUGUCGCUGCAGAUGAAGCAGCUGGACCACGACCACGAGUGCGAGUCGCUGCAGGCGCACGACACGCUGCGGCUCACCUGCCCGCCCGACUACACGCUCACCCUGCGCCGGUCCCCGGACGACAUCCCACUCAUGACGCCCAACACCAUCACCAUGAUCCCCAACACGCUGACGGGCAUGCAGCCCCUGCACACCUUCAACACCUUCAGCGGGGGACAGAACAGUACCAACCUGCCCCACGGACACUCCACCACCCGCGUAUAG